CGCAGAGGAUCCAACCCUCCCGAAAACCAAACCCAAGCUGUUCUCUUCUUCUGAUCUUCCUGUAGCACCGUUUCUUUCAGAAAACCUCAAAAAGACACGCAGACUGCGAUCCCCACAAAGGUUUCCCUGGGCUUUAUUGCUAUCUACCUUACCAUGUACCGAGUCGCAGCUUCCCGUCUUAGGUUUCUCAAGGAUCAUGUGGGCACUAUUGGCGCCGCUAGGUUUGCUACUUCCAGUGCAGUUACUGAAAAGCAGUCUUCAGGGGGCCUCUUUAGCUGGCUGACGAGUCAACAGUCUAGAACUCUACCUUCUCUGGAGCUCCCACUAGCAGGCGUGGCCCUCCCUCCUCCACUACCCGAUCAUGUUGAACCAAGUAAAACUAAAAUUACAACUCUCUCUAAUGGUGUCAAAAUAGCUUCGGAAACAUCGCCGGUAUGGGAAAAAGUGUUGCAUCCUUUGUAUUUUUUUGUUUACUCCUUUCUCAUUUUGAUGGUUGGUCUUAAUCAGAACCCUGCAGCAUCCAUAGGAUUAUACCUUGAUUGUGGUUCCAUUUAUGAGACCCCAGAAUCAUUUGGGGCUUCGCACUUGUUAGAACGGAUGGCCUUCAAGAGCACAACAAACAGAAGCCACUUACACAUUGUGAGGGAAGUGGAGGCAAUCGGAGGUAACAUAGGAGCCUCAGCCUCUCGGGAGCAAAUGGGGUACACUUUUGAUGCACUAAAAACUUAUGUUCCUCAAAUGGUAGAGUUGCUUGUUGACUCUGUGAGGAACCCUGCCUUCUUGGAUUGGGAAGUCAACGAAGAGCUGCUAAAGGUGAAGGCAGAGAUUGGAGAACUUUCUAACAAUCCUCAAGGCUUACUAUUGGAGGCAAUUCACUCAGCUGGUUACUCUGGUGCAUUGGCAAAUCCACUUUUGGCUCCUGAAGCCGCAUUAAACAGAUUGGAUGGUACCAUUUUGAAGGAAUUUGUUGCUGAGAAUUAUACUGCUCCUCGGAUGGUUCUUGCAGCAUCUGGGGUUGAACAUGAUGAGCUUCUGUCCAUUGCAGACUCGCUUCUCUCUGACUUACCAAGCACACGCCGUCUUGAAGAGCCAAGAUCUGUAUACGUUGGAGGGGAUUAUCGUCGUCAAGCUGAAAUAGGGAACACACAUAUUGCUCUUGCUUUUGAAGUUCCUGGUGGCUGGCGUAAAGAGAAAGAAGCUGUUCUUGUGACUGUUCUUCAGAUGCUUAUGGGAGGAGGUGGUUCAUUCUCUGCUGGGGGGCCUGGAAAAGGGAUGCACUCACGACUAUAUCUGAAUGUCUUGAAUGAAUACCAGCAGAUCCAAUCAUUUUCUGCAUUCAACAGCAUCUUCAAUGAGACAGGAUUGUUUGGCAUUUAUGCUAGCACUGGCCCUGACUUUGCGCCAAAAGCAGUUGAUAUAGCAGCAGGAGAAUUAAUCUCAAUUGCAACACCUGGAAAAGUUACCGAGGUGCAGCUUAAUCGUGCCAAAGAGUCCACAAAAUCUGCUGUCUUGAUGAAUCUGGAAUCUAGAAUGAUUGUAUCAGAGGAUAUAGGGAGGCAGAUUUUGACUUAUGGAAAGAGGCUGCCUGUGGAGCAUUUCUUGAAGGCUGUGGAUGAAAUCACAUUGAAGGAUAUUACUAGCAUAUCACAGAAGAUCAUUUCUUCACCUCUAACAAUGGCAUCAUAUGGGAAUGUUCUUAAUGUCCCCAGCUACGAAUCUGUUAGCAGCAAGUUCCAUGCAAAAUGAGUCUCUUUGUUUCCAUAAUUUUUUUUUUUAAUAAAAUAUUGAAAGGAGAUUUUUGGUGAAUGUAACAAUGUAUCUCUUCGACAAAUUAAUGUCGUUUCUUCACGUUGUUGUCGUUCAUGACAAUAAUAACAUUUCAUAUCAUUUGUUUUUGUUUCA